GCGUACUUGCUAGGUACGUUAUAAUAUACUGUGAACAUUAUAAGUAUACAUUAUAUAAGCAUAAACUGUAAGAACAUCGUUGGAGUCAUUGGCAUCACCGCGUGCCGCGCGAUCAUCAGGUUAGGCACACCUUUAACAAAGUGAGGCAUGGAUGGGUGCCCGGGUAUUUAAUCGCUUCGGAUUCGAAAUUAUCGAGGGAAGUCGCGAAAGUAGUAGAGUGUGUUUGACAAUCUUCGGUUCUUAGUAGUUAUAUAAGACAUGAAGAAAAUGGAUUCAACAUUACUAUGCUGUAUGAGACAUUUUUCUUGAUUUUAAAUUUCAAUGAUUUUCUACUGAAUUUUAUUAAAACUUAUUGAAAUUCACUGAAAUUUCGCUAAUUUUCAAUGAAUAUUGCUGAAAUUUACGACGAUUUCGCUGAUUUUCGAUGAAUAUUGCUGAAAUCAUAAUGAACGUGAGUCAAUUGAUUGAGUUUUUCAGCAAAACUUCAGCACAUUUCAUUACGUUUUUAGCAAGUUUCAUUAUAAUUUCAGCAAAAUUUUUCCAUCAGGGAUCUUAACUUAUUCGUUUAUGAUAAUGCGAGAAUGGAUUAAUUAGUACCCGUGUUUGAAGACAGGUGGCGUUGCUGAGGGAAAUUGACAUUACUAUCGUGUACUACUAUUUUCAAACGAUGCCAUACAAAAUUUCAGACUGAUUUAUAGAUUAGUUCUGAUUUGACAGCCAUUUGUAUUAAACGAGUGCCCUUCACUUGGACACAGUACAAUUGCAAAUUUUUAUUAAUAUUACAUGGUUAGAGAAAGGUAUCUUUUUAUCUAUAUUGAACGGUAAGCAAUUGAACAAUGUCCAAACUAACGAUGGCUAAUUGAACGAUGUCCAAAUUAACGGUGGGCAAUUGAACGAUGGGUAAUUGGACGGUGUCCACAAGAACGGUGUCCAAAUGAACGGUGGGCACUUGAACGGUGUGCCUCUUUCUGUGUCAAAAUGAACGGCGCGCAACUUUCCGUGUCCAAACGAACGGUGGGAAAUUGAACGGUGGAAAAUUGAACAGUGUCCGAAUGAACGAUGGACAAAUUAAUGAUGUCCAACUGAACGGUGUUCAAAUGAACGGUGUCCAAUUGAACGGUGUGCAUCUUCUUGUGUCCAAAUAAACGGUGGAUAAUUAAACGAUGUCCAAACGAACGGUAGGCGAUUGAACGGUGGGCACUUUCCAAAAACAACUGUGUGUAAAAUUUUUGUCCAUUUGCAACAUAUUUAAUUAUUCAAAUGCACCGCUCCCGUAUUAAACGUGUUUUUCGAUACAAUGGAAAAAGAGCAAUAUCGAUCCGUAAUUCGCUUUUUAUUUUUGCAUGAAAAAACGGGCGAAAAUGGAUGCUGUCUAUGGGGACCCUUCACUAUGACAACCGUGAGAUAUUGGUCCAACGAAUUAAAACGUGCCCGUACAUCUGUUUUUAUGAGGAGCGCCCAGGUUGUCGGGCAAGCAUGGUUACUGAAAAAAUCUUUGAAAAAGUCUACGACAUGAUUCUCGCUGAGCAAAAGUACGCCGAACAAAAGUACGCGAAAUAGCAGAGGCCGUAGACGUGUUGUACGGAAUGGCAAUCAAUAUUUUACAUUAUAAGUUAAGAAUGAGAAAGCUGUCGGUCCGAUGGGUGUCGCGAUUGCUCACGGUGGACAACAAUCGGAUACGGCUGUUAAUUUCGAAGCAGUGUUUGGACCUUUUUAAGCGAAAUUCGUAGGAGUUUUUGCAUCAAAUCGUCACCGCUGAUAAAAUCUGGAUCCAUCACUAUACGCCAGAGACUAAGCAACAGACAAAACAAUUGACUUUUCCGGACAAAUGUGCUCCGAAGAAGAUAAAGAUGGUCCCAUCGGCCGGAAAGGUCACGGCCACGAUUUUUUGAGAAGAGAAUUAUCCUCAUAGACUUCUUGGAGAAAGGAAGCACGAUCUCGGGGUAGUACUACAGUGAAUUAUUGGACCGAUUCGACGAGAAAUUGAAGGAAACACGACCCAUUUGGCAAAGAAAAAGUGCUGUUCCACCACGACAACGCACCAGCUCACUUAUCCGAAAUCGUCGCAGCCAAAUUGCAUGAAUUGCGAUAUGAAUUGCUGCCGCACUCACCGUACUCGCCCGAUCUAGAUCCCUGCGACUUCUUUCUGUUCUCCAAUAUGAAAACGUGGCUCGUGGGAAAAAAAUUCAGCUCAAACGAGGAGGUCAUCGUCAAGACAAAAGCCUAUUUUUAAGAGUUUGACAAAUCGUAUUUUUUGGAGAGGUUAAAAAAAUGGUAGUGACGUUGGGAAAAGUGUAUCGUCCUAAAAAAAAGAUUACGUUGAAAAAUAAAAAAAAAAUUUGGUGAAAAAUUUGCGUUUUUAUUCCUAACACGGGUACUUACUGAUCCAUCUUCGUAGUACUAUUGAUAGUCGGAUACUCAAAAACUAGAUUAUUGCCGUAUUUGAUAAAAUUCGGAAUACACCAGGAAUUUUUGAACGUCUUCGACAUUCUCUGCAACAUCGAUGUGAAACAAGCAUUGUUGCAGAAGUAAAUUAUUUCCAACAAUUUUUUUAAGUAAGCUUUUAACAUUCCUAUAAUACUCAAUCAUAAAUGAAGAAGUAUUAAUAUUUCGAAAAGAACAAGUUUCCGGAUCUAUGUUUGUAUGACCUUUUUUCAUGCUUAGGAAAAGUUUGAUACGGUACCAAAGUUUGGUCACUUUGUUCGGUGUCACCCUGUACAUAAUCGUUCCGGAGAACCCGUAUAGGAACCAGCGUAGUAUUGUCCCUAUAGAAAACCAUAGGAGCUCUGUGGAUCUUCUCUCAUAUGUUAUGAUUACUACGCGAAGGCAGGAAUCUUAAUUGAAGACACAAAAUGUGUAUUGUUAAAUUCAUAUAAGAGACAAUAGACUUUAUCGUGAAGUUGCGAUUUAUUUAGACAGGUAUUAAGGUUUAAGCGUAUUCUCAUAAAAUAUUAUAUACAGGGUGUGCUAAAAUUUUGGAAAUGGUCGAAUAUCUCGAAAAAGAAGCAUUUUUUAGGAAAAUGUUUCCAACAAAGGUUGCACGGCUACAGAAGAUCUAUUUAAUGGCUGUAUCAGUUUUGACCUUGGGUGGCGUUGUUAAGGUCAGGUCAAGGUCAUGUCAAAUUUUUUAAAUGGAAAUCCCCAUUUUUAUUGCAUUUUCUCAUAGCUUACCUCGAGAGCUUUUCAAAACACUAUAAUAAAAUUAUUUUUCUUUAAGUACUUUACGAGUUAUAAGGUUUAAAAUUUAUGAUACCACCGACAUUUCUCCAAGCAUUACCCAAGAUAAACGACGUGGACGUGGCAGGGCUUUUACGUUUUGGGAUACUCCAUUUACGUGAAUCUCCUUGCCUCUCACGUUUAAAACGCUUGAUUUACGUCCUCUUGCCUUUCACGUUUGAGGUAUUUGAUUUACGUGAAUCCUCUAAUUUGAUAAAGCACAAAUAAAACGAAUAACAAAAAUUUGCAGCGCGCCAAGGAAAUAACUUUAGAUUCCUUUUUAUGAGAAUAUCUUAAAAACAACACAUAUGCACGCCCUUACAUAAGCACGCAAAGUACUAAAAAAGUAAAACUGGACAACCUCUGCGUCGUAUAUAUUGGAUAAUAUCGUCGUAUAUAUGGACGUUCUCGUAUAUCGAACGUAUAUCGGUACUAUAAAUUUCAAGUCUUAUAACUUGAAAGUCUUAUAACUCGUCUUAUAACUUCAAGUCUUAUAGUCUUAUGAACUUCACAUUAAUAUAAUCGAAUAUUUUUCUCGGUAUGCAUUUUGUCGGCGAGAUAUAAGCAGGCCUAUAUAUCAUCAGUAGUAUAUGUACAGCUUCUGACAGGGCGUGGCCUAUUUUUCGGUGGUGGGAGUAAAACCUGACGCCAGUGUGUCGAGGGGUGGGGGAAGGGUCCCAGAAGGUUAGGUUGGGGUGAGUCGAGAGUGGGGAAAGGAUCCCAAAAUGGAAUGGUGGGGGAAAAGUGUGAAUUUUGCAGGUUUAGUGAAGGGGAUAAUAUGCGGAAUAAAAAAUUGUUAAUAUUGGAAGUGGAUCGGACGGUAUGUCGCCCUAACUGUAAAUCGGGUGGGAUUAUUCAGGGUGAUUUAUGUAUUUUAUUUUAUUUCUUUUUAUUGCAUCGUUUCCUACGGAGUAUAAACUUCGUCUCCUGCGAUAUGUCCGUUGUCUGGAAAUUCCGAAUCUCGACUGAUGAGAAGGAGUAGGUGACGAUAGAGGAGCUAGGAGUAGGGGAUAGUCGUCGGUUGCUUCCGUAUAAGGGCGAGAGUAAUUUAUGCUAUUGGUUCGUUUACUGAUCAGUUAUGGAUAUUCACAUGGAUUGGUUUUUACCUAGGGUUCUCGUCGCCUACGUCGAGAAUUUGAGAAUGCUAAGUGUGACCUGAAAAAUUUAGGCGAAAAGGGGACUACUAAAUGUUAGGCGAAGAUGGGGUGCUAGCGGGAAAGGGUAGUCGUCAGAUGUCUCCGCGUGAGGAGUAAGGAAGAUCUAUUGGUUUGUUUAGUGUCAGCUGUGGUUAUUCAAUGGAGAUUGGUUCUUUCCGCCCUCCUGCAUCGUUGCUUACGUCGAAAAGUUAAGGGAGAUGUUACCGGAAAAUUAUGACAAAAAGAUGUUUCUUGAAAGUUAGAAUAGCGAGAUAUAGAGAGAAACGAGAGCAGGUCUGGACAGCUAUGGUUAUGUGAUGUUUGGUCUCGACUCCUUAUUUGAUUCUUACGUUGCGGAGGAGGAGUCAGGGUUAAGGAAGAAUAUUACCCAUGCAAGCGUCAGCUUCAUGGAAAUUUCUGGAGUUUAUCGAAGAAUAUAGGUGCGGGUAAAGAAGGAGACGCUUUUGAGGAAAAGAAAAAAAAUAAACAUGUUAAAGGAUAAAAUCCGCUAUUUAUUUAUAAUUAUAUAUAAGGAUUCACAAUAUUAUGAAUUUGAAGCGAGUUGCACCGCUUGAUUUUUUAUUAUUCUUCGUACAAUUUCGUGGAGAUGAAACGAAGUUAACUCCAGAAAGAGAAUGUCAAAGUACACAUCCAGGAAAUCAAAAUUCAGCAACUGCCGCUGGACAUUUUUCUCGAUUUCCUUGAAUAUCCCCUUAUUCCAGAGCGUGUUUUUCAUCAUAUCCUCAUCUAAAUAGCAGUUGGGUAAAUGUAGUUCGAUUUUCGCAAUAAGAAGUUCGACACAAUCGUUGACGAGAUUCGUUAGCGAAUAUAGAUGUUUUCGCCGCGCGUCGAUGCAACUUGCAAUACUUUGUAGGCUUUUGAACGUGAUUUUCUGCAUCGCUAUCGACGGCGAGUAUGUUUUGCGUUUCUUCUUCGGUGGUUUCGUCGCUGUCUCGGAAUCCUCCGUCGUGGCUUCCUCUUCUUCUACUUCGCGAUUACGCGUUACCAUUAUUGCUCUUGAGCCAUAAGUGGUGGUGAAAUAAAUAAUCGCGUUCUUUAGAAUCAAGAGUUGUCGCGUAAUUUUAUCAACCCCGCGCAAGUAAGCAUGCACGAGGUCAAAUUCCUCUUGAAACUUCUGCUACGCUUCGAGUUCGAGGUAGAUAUAAUCCGCCGAAUUUCCGAUUAGUUUUAUCGCCGCUUCGUACCUCCCGGCGUCAUUUGCUUGCAGUCUCACUUGCACCUUCUUCGUAUCCAAAUUGUUUAAAGCAUAUGAUGUAGACAAUAACAUGUUUCUCUUUCGAUUAAAGUUUCGGCCACUUGUGAUGUCACUGCGAGUGUUAUUACAUCCGCCCUUCUCGAUAUUCUGCUUCACGUUGUUGACAGUCGCUCCUCGUAUAACCCCUCGUGAAUAGUUUUAACAAACGUCGACUUUUCGUAACAGCGAAACGUGACUCUCGGAGCAUUAUCGACUGUAUAAAACUUGCGAGCGAUCAAGAGCGGUUUUAUAGGGUCUUGAGAGUGUGAAAAAUGCAUAGAGGAGGUAGUAUACCCGUACCAAAAAUGUUUAUUUAAUAACAUUUUUCAGUUACACUUCUCUGGAGCGCUUUUCUAGGAAGUGUUUUUCUGGAAUUUUCUAACGGCGGGGAACAAAUGCAGAGGACUUUAAGCUAGUUUAUCGUGACCAACGAUAAUAUUUUAUACCGGACACUCCGUGUCCUUUGAAUGUUAGUCGGCACGUUCUUCUUUCAGACUUUUCUUCAUCUCACUGCAUUUUUUUUUAAGCGCAACGGCUUGCCGUGACUGUCGAUAAUAUUCUAUAACGAUCGCUUCUAAGUUAACCCGUCCUUUGUAUGUUAGGCAUUCGCGUUUUUGUCUCAGGCUUUUCUACGCGCCCGAUUGUUUCGGCACGUUUCCGAACUCAGGUUUGAAAAAAAAAGUGGCGCCGGACAGAUGCGCGUGCAAGCGUCGUGCAGGCGUCGUGCAGGCGCCGUGCUCAUGUCGGGCACGCGUCGGGGAUCUUGUCGCCGGAGGCGAAAAACACGCGUCAAAAACAAGUGUUUUCACGUUCUUAUGAAGCGAAGCGUAUAAAAAAAGUGGGAUAUAAAUAGACAUAUUUGGAAUAUGUCGCGAAUUAACUGUCUAUUCUAAUAGCCGGAACAAGCAAAAAAUAGCUAACGGUAUUUCACCCCAUAUCUUCCGAGUCAACCCGAGGAUUACCGUCAAAGAUACGGUCGGAAUCUGCUUUUGACAAAAAGAGUAAUUUUUCUAGAGGAAGUGCGUCGCUAGAUACGCGAGGUAUUGUUCUUUUGUCGAAGAAUGGCCACGCAUUCUCGCACGUCUGGUAGAAAAAACAACUUUGAAAACGCAUAAACUGUCUGCCCACCUCGCUAUUACUGAGCGUGUUUUCGACGAUAAACCCUAAUAAUUUUAAACAUCCAUCUUUCUUUCUUUGGAGAAGCGUUUUGUCCUAGGAGAGAGAGGAAUGAGAUUUUGGGGGUAUAUAUGCGAGGAAAAAACUCCGGUUUCGCAUUUUCCACCGUCAGUUUUCCGCCGUGAGACACGUUACAAUGUCGCAAGUGGGCAAAUUAGUGCGCGAGUUCAUUGUUACGGUUUUAUACGCCAACGCGAAUAUCGAUAGCGUUCGAUAUUUGGUGCGUAUUUCCGCCGAUGACGCGGAAAAUGAUAUCCUAUUUUAUUCAUUCGCAUGUGCUUGUAACAGCACGCUGCUAGGACUUUUGUGCAAGUGCGACAAAUUUCGGGGUGAUCCGGAAUUAAUAAAAAUAAUCAGAGAAAUUCUGAUAUUUCGCCGAGAUUUUGAGGAGAAUAUCGAGGACAUGUGGGAGAUUAUCGCCGACGUGAUAUUUUAUAACGGUCUGACUCUCGCCGGUACCAGUGACGGGGAGGCGCUUGAACUUCUUCCGCAAGGUCGUAAACGUCUCGCGGAGGAACCGCCUUACCCGAAUCAGGCAACUUCGCAAAACAGCGGGAAUGAUACCGGCGCUAGCGAGACGGUAGUCGCCGCUGCCGGCGCGGACGACGGCGACGACGACGAGAAUGACAACAACAGCGACGACAACGAUAGCGCCGACAGCAACGACGGCGAUAGCAAUGACAGCGACGACGAUGAUGACGACGGCGAUUAUGGCAACGUCCCCGUCGUCACUGACUCCGGCAACGACGUCAAUGUCGGCGAAGGCAGUGGUGACGGGGGCGAGGAUAAGAGAGAGGAGCGCGACGACGACAAUACUGGGGGUAACGUUGAAGACUUUCGCCGCUAUCGAGAGUUUUCUUCGACAAUAUCAGAACCGAGUUACUUGCCGGUUAGUCACCUUUCCUACGAAGGAGAAAACUAUAUGCCGCAUAUUCCCGACACGGAAAGAGAAGAAGAAUGGGAGAGGAUACUGCGUUCAGGCAACAUAGAAAUUCCCCGGGAAUUACGGAUUUUUCCCGAUUCGCCGUACAACAAGGAGCGUGCUCUCUCCUCCAAAAUUGAACCGGCGCGAGAGAAGUCUAUGCAGAAAGAAGUUCCUCACGAGCAUGGAAACGUAAGAUUUAAUUACACCGAAAUACGGGGAGAAAACGCGCGGCGGUUUAGACAUUUUUGUAUCUUAGGACGAGAGGCGAGUAUAAAGAUUCUCCCGCCCGCCGAAGGCACCGAUAUCGCUAACCAUUUAGAAAACGCAUUCCGCGAAAUCUAUUCUUACGCCGUUAAUUCCGCUAACGCGAGCGAUUACGUGGGAUUAUCUUUCACCUCGACGGCUUUAACACGCGGGCCGGCCAGCUUGUCGUUUCGCCCGGUACGAGACUGACUUACGGGAAUAUUUGGAACCUCGUAAACACGGUAGC